AUGGCCGGCACCACGAACAAUGACCCAUUCAACUCGCACCCCUACCUUUCCCCCAACCAACAAGACCUCCUCAUGGCUGCGUUGAACUCUAACAACCGUGGCGGCAGGCCGGCUGGCUCCACGAACAGCCAGGCCAAGAAGCCUUCGGACGGGAAUCCGUCGCAACAAUUUUUGCUCGACGGCCUUGAUCCCAACUUCUUUCCUCCGGAUGGCGCUGGUGCAGGCUUCGACAAUUUCAACCUGGAAGAAAGCCCCUACGUCGAUUUCCUUGAUGGGGACACCGGCUUUGAAUUCGAUCCCAACGAUACUAGCGACUUGCUCAUCGGGAGCCUGCCUGGCGAUCAGGCUCAAUCUUCUACAUCUCCCGAUCAGCCUGGUGCCGACGGCGAAAAUGAGACUGGCGACAAGCGUAAGAGUCCGGAUGACGACGAUGAAGAGGCAGAGGGCGGUGGUAAGCGAAGGGAAGGUGAAGACAAGACGGCGAAAAAACCGGGACGGAAGCCUCUGACUUCUGAGCCAACGACUAAACGCAAAGCCCAGAACCGAGCUGCCCAGCGUGCGUUCAGAGAACGGAAGGAGAAGCACUUGAAGGACCUGGAAACCAAGGUCGGCGAGCUUCAGAAGGCUUCGGACGCAGCAAACCACGAGAAUGGUCUCCUCCGUGCUCAGGUGGAGAGACUUCAAAUGGAACUGCGUGAGUACCGCAAGCGUCUGUCAUCCAACACCACCGGCAUCUCAAGGCCCUCUGGUUUCCCCUCGCUGCUAUCUCACAACAACAACAACAACAACUCCCCUCCAUCGAGUAACUUCCAGUUCGAAUUUCCUCGUUUUGGUGCCCUUCCUGGAUCCCAGAUUUUCAACAACAAUGGCUCUCUUUCGAACGGCGACAAGAGCAGCCCGACAGCAGCCAAGCCAGCAACCCAAAACUCCGCACCUGGCGUUCUCAACCGCCAAGGCAGUGCUGCACGAAGUGUCAGCCCUACCAGCCAGCAAAACGGCGUGCGCUCGCCAGACAAGGCCUCUCCUGCCUCCGGUUCUGAUUACAACUCUCCCGGCAUGAACGGCCUCCCCAGAAAGAGUAGCGGCGGGCGUGGCAGCACAUCCAGCUCUACUGGCACUCAGCGCGUGUUCCAGUUCAACAGCCAUUCCAACUCGUCUACUAACGAUUCUCCGUCUGCCUCAUCUGUUUCGCAAUAUGGCGCCAACUCGUCUUGCGGCACGUCACCAGAGCCGAGUCACACCUCGCCUGGAAACGACAGAUCUCAUGAACUCUCUUGUGCGGUGACGACCGAAGGUGAGACGACCUUCUGCGAGAAGUUGAACAUGGCUUGUGGCAAUCCUCGCAAUCCAAUCCCUCGCGCCUUGUCCGACUCUAACGGCACGCCAGCUGCAACCUCCAACACAAACGACAGCUUCGGCAUCGACUGGCUGGCCUCGCAAAACAACAACCAAUUCAACCCGUCUCUCUUCGGCGACUACCGCGAGCCGCAAACUGCCGUGGUUGGCGAUGGAGACUUUACUGGAGGUUUCUUCAACGAAGCAUUUCCGACGGCAGACUUCGGAAGCCCGUUCAACUUUGAUAACCAGAGCCCUGGUAUCUCAAAGUCCAACCCCAUGGAAAGUAUCGAUAAGAUUCAGGAUGGCGAUGACGACGAAGUCGUGCCUGGUGAAGAUCCCAACUCGCUCCUCAGCUGCCACAAGAUCUGGGACAAGUUGCAAAACCGACCAGACUUCAAGGAUGGCUCAAUCGAUAUCGACGGCCUUUGCACCGAGCUUCGCGCCAAGGCCCGCUGUUCGGAAAGCGGCGUUGUGGUGGACAGCAAAGAUGUUGAAGCUGCGCUCAAGAGGCUGCCAGACAAGCCCUAA